AUGGAAAUCGCAGAGGAUGCAGAUAGUUUGUGGUCCCAGGAGCGAGAGAAUAUCAUUAUGAAGUAUGAGAAGGGACACCGAGUUGAGCUGCCCGAGGACAUGGGGCCUGAGCCUGUUGGAAUCGACAGCAGCAUUGAUCGCUUCGGGAUUGUGCAUGAGACAGAGCUGCCUCCUGCCACUGCUCGGGAGGAGAAGGUAAGAGCCUGGUGCGUGGGGGGGCUGGGCAGGUGGCACACUGUUGUUUUGUGCCCACAGCUGAUAGAUCGAGUAUAUAAGGGCAUUCCCAUGAACAUCCGGGGCCAAGUGUGGUCAGUCCUGCUGAACAUACAGGAAGUCAAGUCGAAAAACCCCAGAACAUACAAGGUCAUGAAGGAGAAGGGCAAGAGGUCGUCUGAACACAUCCACCACAUGAACGUGGACAUAAGCAAGACACUAAGGACUCACAUCUUCUUCAGGGAUCGAUACGGAACUAAGCAGCGGGAACUAUUCUACAUCCUCCUGGCAUAUUCGGAGUAUAACCCGGAGGUGGGCUACUGCAGGGACCUGAGCCCCAUCGCGGCCUUGUUCCUCCUUUAUCUGCCUGAGGAGGAUGCAUUCUGGGCACUGGUGCAGCUGCUGGCCAGGGAGAGGCACUCCCUGCAGGGAUUCCACAGCUCAAACGGCGGGACAGUCCAGGGGCUCCAAGACCAUCAGGAGCAUGUGGUCCCCACGUCACAGCCCAAGACCAUGUGGUAUCUGGACAAGGAAGGUCUUUGCGCGCAGGGUUCCUCGUUAGGCUGGCUUCUCCAGAUGUUGAAUGACGGG